AGUUUGCGCCAACUCCGUAGAAAGGAUGUAGCCAGCAGUGUCGGGAUUGAUGCACGGGUUUUCCCCCCCACACAACAAUAAUAAUCAUUAUUUUGGGGUUCUGAUCGUCCACGGGGGCCGAAGUUACGUUGAGGAGAUUCGUAGUUGUAGCAAGGCAUUCUCAGUCUGGCCGCUGCGCUUGUGAUUUUUGUUUUAAUUUUUGAUAAUUUGUUAGCCAGCAUGGAGAGGAAUCGCCGUGCGGAUCUCAGCAGCAUCUCUGCAAGCAGCUAGGUGGCUAACGGGACCCGAAACGAGAAACAUGUAGGUUAGGCCUAAGCGAAGGCCUGCACGCAGCACUCUCCGGAUUCCUGCGAUAUUUAUUCCGCGAUCUGUCGGCGAGGUGGGCCGCUCUCGGCUGAAGUAUUUUCACGCCUAGGAGCUGUAAUCCAGGCGCCUUGGUUGUCCUGUAACUUGGCUAGCUAGCUAGUCGGCUAUGUAGCUAGCAGGCUACCUCUGCCAGUGAAUGCUCUCGAGCUGGAAAUCGGCUAGCUAGUCGGCGUUGCUAACUGUCUUCCCGACGCUCGGAUUAAGCGCCACAGACCGGCUCUGUGGUGAGCGGCCGGCCGCUUUGUGGAUUCCCUCCCCCCUCCAGCCCUGCCACGGCCGUCGGCGGUAGCCCUCAACAAGGAUUCGCUUUUUCGAGCGGAGGAUCCGACUGCCGUAUGAAUGUGGGACAAAAUGGAGACCCCGACGAUCGUGUACGACCUGGACACCUCUGGGGGCUUGAUGGAGCAAAUCCAAACCCUGCUGGCGCCCCCGAAGUCCGAGGACGGCGAGAGAAGAAGCCGAAAGCCGGAGAAGGAGGCCCGGAGGAGCGGCAGGGCCACCAACCACGACACCUGCGACAGCUGCCGGGAGGGAGGGGACUUGCUCUGCUGCGAUCACUGUCCCGCCGCUUUUCACCUACAGUGCUGUAACCCACCAUUGAGUGAAGAAAUGCUGCCCCCUGGAGACUGGAUGUGCCAUCGCUGCAGUGUCCGCAGGAAGAAGCGUGAGCAGAAAACGGAGCACAUUAACGGCCUGCUGGAGCGCCAGGUAUCCAAGCGGUCGUCGUCACCAGCGACGGAGAUGGAUCAGGCCCCGGUGCGGCUGGAUGGGGUCCCCGGCACAGCGGGGGUCAUGGGGGGGCCAAGAGUAGCCGUAGCACAGGUUCGACUGCUAGAGCGCCGGGCGAGCAGUCGUCCCGGUACCCCCACCUCAAACGCCUCCACGGACACGCCAACGCCCUCAGAACAGAACGAUGUGGAUGAGGACCUGCUGGACGUGGAGGACGAGGGGCCCAGCUCUGAACCCGAAAGCGCAACGCCACACCUCAAGAGGCCUUUUGAGCUACUAAUCGCCGCUGCCAUGGAGAGGAACCCCACACAAUUCCAGCUUCCUAACGAGCUCACCUGUACGACGGCACUUCCGGGAACAAGUAAACGGAAGAGAAAAGAGGAGAUGACGGGGAAAAACGUGAAGAAGCCUCAGCAUGAGCUUGACCACUAUGGGCUGGUCCCACUGCCCGUGAAAGUCUGCUUCACCUGUGGCAGGAGCUGCCGGGUGGCCCCUCUUAUCCAGUGUGAUUACUGCCCCCUUCUCUUCCAUAUGGACUGUCUUGACCCUCCCCUCACCGCCAUGCCAACUGGGAAGUGGAUGUGUCCCAACCACAUCGAGCACCUUGUGCUCAACCAGAAGAACAUGACCCUGAGCACUCGCUGCCAGCUGUUCGACCAGUUCCAGGACCGCAUGUCCCAGCAUGCCGUGAAGGUGGACUUCCUGCGCCGGAUCCAUCGGCAAAACCCACCCAUUCGACGAGGGGCCCACCUGCAUAAGAAAAAGACCCUCAAGGUCCCCGACGCUAUCAAGUCCCAGUACCAGUGCCCCCCUCCCCUUAUGGCCCCUGCCGGAAUCCGCAACGGGGAGCUCAUCUGCAACGGGGUCCCCGAGUCUGACCAGCAGCACAUCUCACCCUCCCAGCACUUCGCCAGCGAGCCUGAGCAACAGGAGUGGCUUCGGGACGUUAUUUCGCUUCAGUGCAGCAUCAUGAGACAUUUAUCUGCCAAGCAGAUGCCUUCCUCACUCUGGGACUCUGAGCAGACGGAAAAGGCCGACCUCAAGCCCUGUGCGCCGGCGGGGGGGACCGAGUGUCCGUGUGCCACAGAGAGGACGCUUCCCUCCGCCUCCUGCUCUAAGUCCUGCAGCAGCCCAGCUGGCCCCCAGGGGGCCCCGCUGCUGAAUUCCUUGGGCAAGGAGAGUGAGGAGAAGCCUUGUCAGAACUGCCAGACCGCCAACGGGCUGCUGGAUCAGCCGGCCAAAGCAAACGGGCCCACGUUAUGUGGGGGGGCCUCCGAAGCUCAGCGACAGGCGGAGCUCCAGAACCGACUGAGCGGACCCCCGGGUUCGGCGCGGCCACGGCCCCAAGCACUUCCCGACUCGGCCCCCACGUUGGCCAACCAUGUUGGGGAAGUCACGAUCAAGACUGAAAGCGGCGAUACCCCUGACCCCUGCAGCCGGAAGGUUCCAUCCCCGUCGACCUGCGGCAGUUUGGACCCCGUACCCCCCGUGCAGGCAUACGGGGCCACCCCUGGGACGGGUGGGGGGCAGGCGGCUGCGCUGACGAGCCGCAGCGUGUCCUCGCCCACUGCCGGGACCCGUGCGCUUACACCUCCGCGAGCAUCACAUGACACGGGAGCCGUCCGGCUCGCCUCCCCCUCAGAAGGGAAAGCCAGCCCCUGUCCGCUCUCGCUUGAGGGGGGCUCCCAGAUCCGAGGCUCCAUGCCCCCCACGGAGGACCUGUCCAACUAUGUGAAGGCUGCAGUCGAUGAAGAUGGAGAAAUCGAACUGGGCAAGUUGGACAACCGGCUGAUCAAGCUACUGGCCUGGCAGAGGAUCCAGCAGCUGUUUGACCCCAAAGCACUUUCCCCGCCCGUCGUGAGCCUGCCGCCCACGGCCCCCGCAGCACAGUCCCCGCGUCCUGAUGGCUUGUUGGCUCCCUCCCCACCACUGAAGAACGAGGUGCAGGCCAGGGCCGUGUUUUAUCCGCUGAUGGGAAAGGGGGGGCCAGUCAACAUGUGCUACAGGAGUCUGCACAUUGGGACAGGUGCCGACAUGGAUGUGUGCCUUACAAACUACGGCUUUUGUAAUUACGUUUCUGGAAAGCACGCCUGCAUUUUCUACGACGAGAACACAAAGCACUAUGAGCUGCUGAACUACAGUGAGCACGGCACGACGGUGGACAACGUGCUGUACUCGUGCGACUUCUCCGAGAAGAGCUCGCCGGGGCCCUCGAGCAGCAUGGUCUCCAAAGUGCAGAGCAUCAUCCGGAGGUGUAAAAAGAGGACACAGCAAGAGGAGGAUUGUGCUGAGGCGUCAUCAGUUCCACCAGCAGGGGGCGUGAUGAGUUGCCAGCCUCACGGCCCUCCUCGUACCUCUUGCAGCUGCAAGGCCAGCAGCUCUAGUUUGAUUGGGGGCAGCGGGGCCGGCUGGGAGGGUACGGCACUGCUACACCACGGCAGCUACGUCAAGCUGGGAUGCCUGCAGUUCGUCUUCAGCAUCACAGAGUUUGCCAGCAAGCUGCCGGAGCGGCAGGGGCUGCUCCAUCCCGGGAAGGUGCUCCCGGACCAGCAAGCCCUCAGGGGCCACCAAGUGCCCGUUCUGCGCUCCAAUUCGGUCCCGUAGCACCUGGGGACCAGCGGCUGCGGCUGCGGCACGGUCCCGGUGACUCUGGCUCCUGAAGCUGUCUUGUACAGAAGAGUAAAGGAUUUUUAUUUAAUUGUUAAUAUUUGCAUGAAAUGAAGUAUUUUGUUUGGCUCAUAUUUUAUGAGCCAUAAAAUAUUGCACAUAAAUUUCUAUCUUUUUUUUUAUUACAGAACUUAACAUUUAUUUAGAUUUGCAUACAAAGGGAUACUUUGUCCUUAUCAUUCAACUAAUGUAAAAAUGUCAGUUUCCAUCACUUUUUAAACAAUCAGAACCCCAUUCUAUUUUGUGCCAGUAUGGAUAGUUUUUAUAUAACAAUGCUCCUUUCUCUAUAAUGGUUUUUUUUUAUUUCAUGUUUGUAAAAUGGUAGUAUUCAUGGUUUUUGCCACUUUUUGCACUACAGGUAGCUGCAUAUUCAUGUGUAUGCACAUGCACGCCCAGCGCACAGACGUGAGCGUGUGUAUUUGCGUACACAUGGAUGUUUUCCGGAUUUCAACUUUCAAUGAAAAGCAGUGGAUUCUGUGUACAUGCCCAUCGUCGGUUUUUAAAUGUGUACAGUAAUUCAUGCUUCAGUCGUCAUGUUCUGUGGCAUUGCUGAUAGUUUUGUCGUAAGACUUCUGAAAACCCCUUCAGACACUCUAGUUCACGUGUAAAUAGUAACUAUCGUUUUAGCUUUGAUUUGAACGUUCAUGUAUACUGUAUAUAAAUCAACUUUGACUUUCUGCUUGUCUGUUAUAACAGUGUAAAUACAAGAUUUUUUUUAAAAACAAACUUAAAA